CACAAGUUUUUAUUAAACAAUUUAUGGAAGAUUUAUAAUGCUGUUUGAGGCGAUCCAGAUGGUUAAUCGGUUUUCCGAAGAAAUCAUUUAGUUGGUAAAUGUCGUUAGUCAUGUACUACAUAUUGGCUGUGGCGUAAACAUUGGGCUACUUAUGCAAAUGUUGAACGGAUCGAACGAUACGAAUAAUUCUGUGACAACAUCCAACAAAGAUACUAUGAGCGCUGGAAGUGUGACGUUGGACCGUGAGCUGGCGAGCACGCGGCGCCUGCUGUGGGGGGAGCACGUGAAGGAGGAUGUGUUCAGGCGCUGGGCGCAGGGCUUCCAGUUCAGUCCGGACGAGCCCAGUGCCCUCGUCCAGCAGGAAGGCGGUCCGUGUGCGGCUAUUGCACCUGUACAAGGCUUUCUGCUCAAAAUUCUUUUAUCAGAGACACCUGGACACAGUUUUCAAGACUUAACAUCAGAGAAGUGCAAUUCUCUACUUGUUAGGGCUGUGUGUACAAUAUUAAGCCAGUGUCUAGCUCCUAAGUACAAUGUUGCAGUGUACCGAAAGAAUGAAUCAGACGCUGAGACCAGCGGUGGCAAUGACCACAGUGUGGAAGAACAAUCCAAUUCGGUGCAAGAAACCUUAGAACAGUUCCAUCGAAGGAUUGAAGUACAUCCUUUUCAAACAUUAUCUGAGGUGGAAGCAUUCUACACAAGGAACAUUCGGAUAUUGAAGGACAAGUAUGGUGUAUUACUUCUGUUGUAUAGUGUUAUUCUCAGCAAGGGGGUUGGCGUUGUGGAGGCAGAGCUGGCCGAGUUAUCAGACCCGCUCAUACAUUCGACAUAUGGAUAUGGCUCACAGGGACUUAUUAACUUAAUGCUCACAGGACGGGCUGUAGCACACGUGUGGGACCAUGACCAAGUUGUGGGGGGCCUUCGGCUGCGGGGCAUUGAGAGACAAAAUGAUAUUGGAUUCCUUACAAUAAUGGAGCAUAUGCAAUAUUGCACAGUUGGUUCUUUCUAUAAAAAUCCUAAACAUCCUGUGUGGGUGUUAGCCUCUGAUACACAUCUUACAGUGUUAUUUUCUCUUGAACGACGACUAGCUGCACCUGAGACAGUUGGUGAGUCAGCUGAACGAAUUUUUCGUUCAUUUGAUCCGGAGGGCAACAACUUUAUUCCUUCUGCUGCACUACAAGAUGUGUUAUGUGCUGCUGACUUGGUUAGUGAACCUGAGUAUGUAGAGUUAAUGAGGCGGAAAUUGGAUUCCGAAAAUUUGGGUAUUAUCCUAUUGAGUGCAUUCAUGGAUGAGUUCUUCCCAGGAUGUGAGCGUGGUGCACCUGACACAUUCACAUUGCACCAUUACAACGGGCUGCUGCGCAGUAACCCUGGCGCGCGCGUCAUGUACCGCACCGGCCGCGCCGCGCUGCUGGAGUGCCCCAUGCGCGCCGCCAGCACGGACGCCAUGCUCACGUGUCUGCAGACUAAGUGGCCCAGCAUCGACGUGGUGUGGGAUGAUGGACAGUCGCCGUCACUUAAUUAGCCCUGGCUGCUCCCUUCCGAUCACCCCUUGCUUUGAACUUGUACUGUGACACAGUGAGGAAUGCGUCGAAACUACUGUUAGAUAUGUUUAAAUAAUGUCGCUGAAAAAUUCCAUUACUUUAUGUAUUAACUUAUGUAUAAAAAAUUGUAUUGGAUGGAUUGCGUUGAGGCUUCGCAAAGAUGAAUCCUCGCACUGGUAAAGGCAGCUAUUUUGCAUAAAUUUGGCGUGAUUGAGCUAGUAGUAUCGCGUCAGUGUGCUCUGUGCUCUGUCUGCAAGAUGACACUUAGUAAUAAUCAGUACAAUGUUGUGAGAAUAGCUUCAAGCUACCUUUGUAAAUGAGUGAUCUGAUAAAUUAAGCAAUAAGCUUUAUGCAAGUGUAUAAUAUGAUAGUAUGUAAAAUAUAGUUUUACAGUGCUCUAUUUUUGUGUUAAAAAAUUGAUCAUAAUUUUAGAUUGGGGAUUGAAAUACAAAUCUAUUUUCGUAUUUAGAUUAGCCACAACGAAAUUUCCUCUAGGUCAUGAUAUAAUUAUCUACACAUGAUGAGUGAUGCCAACCAAUGGUUUAGUUAAGCUCAUUGUGCACUUUAUUGACAUUGCAGUAAUGUUUGAUCACAACAAGUCACUCACGACUAUUCAAUAGAAUUUGUACUUGCACUGGUCUUCUUAGCUUGUAUAUUUUGCAGUACAAACUCUGGUAUUCAGCAUGUUGGUUUUCUUGUUAAUAGACCUAUUAUUGUUCCAGUAUUGUCUCAAGCACCAUCUAGCUGCAAGCAUAUAACAGAAAUAAAACGCUGAUCCUAGUCCUUGUCACAAGCACACAAAUUCUGACUAUUACAUUAUAAUAAUUCGAAAAGCUUGUACUAACUGAUCUUAUUACAUAUUUUAAUAUCAGAACAAGUGAUAAAAAUGUAGCCACCCCUGUUUGGUGUCACUGUGAUGUUUGAGUAGUUUGUGUUGCUGUACUUGCAGCUAGCGCUUGCACACAGCAUGUCUUCGUUGUUGCUACACUCUUGUACAUACCUAUACACUACUUUGAUAAGUACUAAGUAUGGAAGCAAGCUUAUGUUGGUUAUAAAUACUAUAACUUAAUUUAUGUAAACCAACUAAUAGGGUAUAUUAUAUGUUAUAAUGAUGUUACAUGGGACUCUUCUAGGAAGUAUCCCAACAAUUUAAUUGGUUAUUUACUUAAAUUACAUACAUUUUGUAAACUUUCUCUUUAAUUUAUAUUGUGACCUCAAUUUAUUUAACAAAAACUAUUGCUUUAGUGAAAAACAAUUACCCAAAUAUUUAUAAUAUAAUAGCCAUGUUAAUUCUCUUUGGAACAAAUCCAUUAUGGGGCUUUACCAUGACAACACAAAACUCAUCCCAAAUACCAUGAUUGUAUUGAAACUACCCGCUUUUGGAUAUAUGAGGUAGUGAUUUAUCAUUGUGUAUUGUCAGAUUCAUGUAAAAUAGCUGUACACAUUAGUGUCGAAUUAUAAAGAGUAUAUUGAAAGAUAUUUUCAGUUACUUAGUCAUAAAUAGUGUAACAUGCUUUUUUAAUUACAA